CUGACUAAUAUAAAAAUAUUAUUAUGCACUUCUAACCCUGAGAAACGAGAGAAGACACAUCAUGGCAGCCGGUAGAGUUUUUGACGCUCGUGUGCUUUCAUGUUUGUGGAUUAUUGCGGUUUAUCUCGCAGCAGCAAAUGAGAGGCUUUCUUUGGACACGAAUCUAACACGAAAAGAAAUCAUUACCAUCUUGGGACGUAAAGUUAAUCUUGGUUGCUAUGUGACGAAAAACUACCCCGAGUCUUCGCAGACCCAGGCCUCGUCUCUUGUUAGCUAUGUCUGGCUGAAGGAAAACACUAUUAAAGCUCGGAUCAACAACUCAAGCGCUCGUGGCCAUGUCCUCGUUGUAGAUCCAAAAGACGAUUCAGAUUUUGGCACAUAUUGGUGUAACGUCACAAAUGGUGUCUCUAGAACUCAAUGUAGUAUAAAACUGAAGCAAGGAUGGACAAAGACGGAAAUCGUUCCUCUCACAACUGGGUGUGUGAACAUAUCAUUGCUGAUGCCAGUGUUAGCAGUUGCCGUAUUGUCGUUGCUGUUGGUCAUUCAUCUUCUGAUAAAAAAAAAGAACACUAAAAAGGCCCUACCAGAAACUUCGGAGCAAGAAUACGAACGGCACAAGAAAACGUCUGUUGCUCAUCCUCAUGCCGAACAACGCAUGGAAACCAGACGAUUAUCAAGGGAUCUUCUUUACAACAGUGUCAGAGACGGAUCAAACAACAAAGAGUCAAAACAAGAGGUGGUAUCCGUUGAAAUGCACGUUGGAGGAGAGCUUCACAGCACGCCAAAUGGCAGACUGGGAUCAGUCAGCAACCUCAAACGGGAGCGCCAGAGAGGCUUUUACAACAAAUCCGUUCGAAACGUACCGAUUGUUUCAGGAGAGGGAGAAACAACUCCGAAGGGGAUCGGAUUUUAUAAUGCUAACUUCAAAAACGAGUCUAUGGAUAGCGGUCUGGAAAAUUCCCGCACGGUCUCACCAAACACAAGCUUCGACGAAACCUCCCUGGCUGACGAGAGCACACUAAAAGGAUAUUUCAAUAAAACAUUUAAAAACAACACCAUGGAAGAGGAUGGUGCUGACGAUGUCUUUACCAAAAAAAGCGAAGAGCUGACGGCGGCAGAUAAAUCGAAGAGUGGAAAGGCGAUGGGGUUCUACAACAAGACAUUUCAUUCCGACUCUAUGGACCUCACUGAUGAUGCAAAUGAUGGUACCCUCGUAUCAGUUGCAAGUAGUUCGGCGGUAGGUGAAGCUGGAGAUAAAACAGCGCAACCAAAAGCGUUGACUGACAUAUUCCCAAAGCAGGAAGAGGAAAUGACAGUCGCUGACAAAUCAAAAAGUGGAAAGGCCAUGGGAUUCUUCAAUAAAACCUUUCAUUCCGACUCCAUCGACGUCUCAGAUGGCGAUGAAGAUGGAUUCCCCGCAGCAGAAUCAGGUAAUCCUGCGGACAGCAAGACUAAAGAUGAAAAAGUAGAUACAUCGAUAUCUAAUGAUGUACCAGACAUCUUGACAGUCGCUGAAAAGUCUAAGAGUGGCAAAGCGAUGGGAUUCUUUAACAAAACGUUCCACGAGUCUGUGGAUAUCCCAGACGACGUUGCUGAUGGUGCCGGCGUGUCAGAAUCAGGGAAUUCAGCAAAGAGCGAAUCAAAGGAGGAGGAAACGCAUGCGUCCGAAGAAGACACAUACUUCUAAGAGGAGAACAUUUCAAAAUAUUUAAGAACUGACGAUGUAAUUUUCUGUCGGUUUUUUUUUACCCUAUUUUAACCAAGAUGAUACUCGUUUCAAAUUUCACUUUCCUCGGCAAUCCAUUGUGUCUAUCUGACUAUUUUUCGUGAUUGGAAGAGCUCCUAUACAGUGCAUGAUAACUAAGGUAAGAAACUCACUUAUGUACAUAAUUUUGCUUCAUUUCUUUCGUUUGAAAAACGACUGAUUCUUCCGUAUUUGAUUUAUAACGUAGUAAAUGACUCAAAAUCUAAGGCGUCAAAACUUAUGGAAGUACGAAAUUACAGAAUAUGGGAAAACCAUUUGGUUAAAGCGGCGAUGCAAUCGAUUACACCUUUAGAGCCUGAUUCUCUGUUUAUGGGCCCGUUUGGCAAAAGUCCCUUUGGCAACUCGUACAGAAUGAUCAGCUCUUUUCCUGCUUAUCAGUGUUAACAUUCAAAAUAGAUACCUUACGCACCAGUCACCUAAGGGGGGAGAGGGUGAAAGAUUUUGGAGGGGGGGUUGAAUGGUUUUCAGGGAAAACGGAGGGAAAUCGGUCGUCGCCAACGGCGUAUUAAAGGGGGACAACAGAAUAUUUACUGCCAAUGAGAGGGGGGGGAAUCAGAUAAAUUUUUGGCGAUACAACCCAUAUACUAACCGGUCCCUAAUUGUAAACGUAUGUAAAAACUAGUCUUGUACCGCGAUCUUCCAUGGCCAAUUACACGGUAGGAUCUGGGUACAAGUUGAAGUGUGAACGUAUAUGUGGAAUUUUUCAAAAAUGUAAAGAUUUUGUCAGAAUUUCCAGCGUAACCAUCGCUACAAAGGAAAGGAAGAAAUAUUUAAAAUACUAAUAAUCAAAGUAAGUAUUAUCAAUAAUUUUAGCAUUUAGAUAAUGUUAAUAUUUUAUGUAAGAGUUAUAAAUAUAUCAAUAUUUUAAGUAACGCCGGAAUUAGUAAUUAUAACAACGCUAGUUUUGUGUAUGUCGUUGAUUAAAAACUAUUAAAGAAAAAAGGCAUAACUUGCAACUCAUUAAGGUCUCAUGGGAACUUCUCAGUUUAUCGCCUGCUAACGCUGCAUUGUAGAUUAAAGACAAACGGGAUUUUUUACGAUAAUUUAUAACUUUUACAACGGCGUUUGACAAUUUUUUC